UGGACCUCUGCCUUGUGAAUUGCUGUCCAACAAUCCCGAAGCGCUUCUGCCCAUCGCACAUUCUAAUAAACGACAAAGAGAGAGGAGAAGCGGGACACAGCCGCGCUGCCGCCCUGGCCUGGCCUGGUCCUUCUUCCUUUCUCUUUUCUCCACCCCGUCGUCGUCGUUGUCGCAAAUCACCAUCUCCACAGGUGCUCCUUUCCGACCUUGGAUGCGCCGAGGAUCUGAUCAGGAUCACAAGUGAUCGAUUACCUGCUACCUACCUACCUACGCCGCAUCUUUUCUCUCUCUCUCUCUCUCGUGUGCCAUCGGCUUGUGACGACAACGAGGCUUCGAACGUCCACCGCUGAUACCACCGUCGAUUACCUACCUGCCGUCCUACCAAAAGUUAGCCACAUAAAUCUCUCCGCGCUGCUGUCUUUCGUUUGGUCCAGACGUGAUUGGGUUCCUCGAACAAACCAGGCAACUUUUUUGACAACCUCUUUAUUAUACACAUCAUCUCUCGUGAUCUCUUCUUCUGCCAAAACUCUCUUUGCUCAUAUAGUGCGCCCACCUCUAUAUCUCGAAAGCGGGAGCGUAUCUCCCCUACCCUCCGCUCCCCGAAGUGUGUUGGGCAAAACAAAACCAACAUCGAUUUUACACUCCCAGAGUUUCUGUAGCUAUAAAACGAAAAAGAGGAAGACAAAAUGUACAACCCUCCCGGACAAAGGGACGCAACCCGCCCCUUCCACGUCCCGCCACCUCCUCCGCCCAUGUCCCCUCCACCGCCAACCGUCGGAAUCAACAACCCCAUGAUGACAAUCCCCCCUCCUCCCCCUCGCCAUCCAAACGCCCCCUCAACAGCCGGCAACGUCCUCCUCCCUCCUCCCCCCUCGGGCCCCCCACCAAACAGCGGGUUUCCAAACAGUGCGAUUGCCCCCCCGAGUGCGCUGGGAUCAACCGCGCCGUGGCAUGGGACAUGGGGAAGGGCAUACGACGGGAGAACAGCGUUCAACAUCCCGCCUCCUCCACCGGGUGGUGGUGCUGGCGGUGGUGGUGGGGGGGGGAGUGGUGGUGUGCUGAGGGCUUACGAUCCAAAGUAUCACGCUCAGGUUCUUGCGGCUGGGAAUAACGGGGCGACGUACACUGUCCCGCCUCCUCCACCUCCGCAACAGCAACAGCAACAGCAACAGCAACAGCAACAGCAACAGCAACAACAACAGCAACAGCAACAACAACAACAACAACAACAACAACAACAACAACAACAACAACAGCAACAGCAACAGCAGCAGCCGCAGCAGCAGCCGCAGCAACAAAUUGAUCAGAUGGGGGCGCUGACAAGUGCGACGUAUAUUCCGCAGGGGGAUACAUAUGGUGAAGGGGUGGGUAUACCCGGGCUGGGGCUGGAGGAUAGCGCUAUAGGGUGGAACAUGGGUGCAUAUUUGGAGUCUGCCACGGCGACGCCGCUGGAUGAGAGCUCGGGGAGGGAUAGGUUGUACGCGAAUGCUAUGGCGCAGCGGGGGUCGUCGACGACGAGCAAUGCUACUGUCUCUUCGGUUUCUGUCCCGCCUGAGCUGGCGGCGCAGUGGCCGAUGGAGAAGGUGCUGGGGUGGUUGCAGGCGAAUAGCUUUUCGAAUCACUGGCAGGAGACGUUCAAGUAUCUUGGGCUGGACGGGGCGAGGUUUUUGGAGUUGGGGAGCAGUCAUGGGGGGAGGGGGAAUUUUGGGAUGAUGCAUCAGCAGGUUUAUCCGCGGUUGCUGGCGCUGAGCGGGCCAGAAUGGAACCAGGCGAGGGAGAGGGAGGAGGGGAAGAGGAUGAGGAGGUUGGUGAGGAGUAUUGUUACGGGGAGGCCGGUGGAGGUGAAGGGGGGGAGGUUAGGCGGGGGACAGCAGCAGUCGCAGCAUGCGAGGCAGAAUUCGACGAGCGCCCCGCCCGCGGUGACGGGGGGUCAGACGGGGAACAGGUCGGCCGAGAGCCCUAAUACGCCCAAUCCGAUCAAGAUCCCAGAGUUGGGGUUUAGCAGGAGGUUCUCCCAGUCUCGCGCCACGACGAUGCCUACGCUCAGCAGCACCAUGCCGACGGAUCACAGAAACAUGAUGAAAGAAAUCGACACCAGCCGCCGCCACAGCCCGACGUUGAGUGAGUCAGGCGAGGCGGGUGGCACAUUCCGUGGUGGUUCGACCCCGUUGGGCGGAGGCGGCGGCAACGGCGGCGGCAGGGACAGCCCGAGUGCUGGAAGCCCGAAUCCCGCCUCGGGUCUUUUCCCGUCCUCCACUGCCGGAAAUCUCUCAGCGUCUCCACACAGCAGCAGGUUCGGCCACCGAUCGCGAAACAGCACCGACUCUGUCUCGUCCAGUGCAGCAAUCUACGGCAGCGGUGUACCUGCCGACGCGGCCGCCAUGUUGAAGAGCGGCAUGAAUAUCGCAGAUGUGGUGAAUGCUGCCCGGAAUGCGAAUGACAGGCGGCAUGCCCAGGAUGGGGGGAGGCCGUCUCCGCAGGAGUCUGGUGGCGGGGAUAGGAGUGCGGGGGAGCCGCCUGGGAGCGCAAAGGGGAGUGGUUCGUUCUUGUCGAUUUUCACGAGGAAGAAGCACGGGAGGAAGGAUGAUGGGUUUGGGGGGGAUGAGGAUUCGCCGACGAGUCCGGGGUUGAGUUUUAAGCCGCAGAGCUUGGGGGAUAACAGGCCGGGGAGCAGUGCGGGCACGUACGGGCAUCAUCAUGCGGGCAAUGUGAGGGCGAAUCGGGGCGGGCCGAGGGUGUUCAUUCUUGCCACGGCUGAUUGUUGGAAUUAUCGGAUGCUGGAUGUGACGGAUAUCGAGACGGCAUCGGAUUUGAGGCAGUUGAUCUGCAUCAACUUGGGGCUGCCCGAGAGCGAGGGGGCUCACCUCUACCCCACCGAGCUGGGCAGGUUUGAGCAUGAUGGGGAGGCUCUUGAUGAUUCGAAGCUGCUGGCCAUCAAGGCGCAAAGGGCUGAUGCGAUUGGAACGCUGAAGCUGUUUGUCCGUGUGGGUGGACCGCCACAGAUGCGCCAGACGGGAGCCCAGAUCGCCAUGGACGAGGAGACUUAUGUCAAGCUCAACGGAAGGAUGCGGUCUAGUUCGUCGCCGCCGAGCUCGAGGCAGAACACGCUGACGGGCAAGGAGGGAGAGGACAAGAUGCUGACUGCAGAAGCGAUCGAGUACCGGACCGAGCAGCUGAGGAAACAAAAAGAGUAUCUUGCCAAACGUAAGCAGGUCGCUGAAAACAAUCACGUUGCUGACAGGAGCCCCUCGUCUUCCAUUGUUGGCAGAACCGUCGAUUUCGACCAGCCUCGGCACUCGCCCUUUGAGGACCGAAAGAUGGACACUUUGCUGCCCCAGCGCAAGCCGCCGGCACCCCCUAGCGACCCCUCGGCCACGCUGAUCAAGGCGAACUCGUUGAAGAAGACGGGCCACGGCCUGCGCCUGUCGGGCGACAGCGGGUACCACCCCAAGCGGAAGACGUCGUCUGACUUGCGCAGCAGCGGCGACGUCGUGUUUGAGAAGCAGAAGCGAUGGGGUCCCGUAGCCGACCCGUCGGCGGGCAUCGGGGCGCUGCUAGUGGGCAUGAGCGACGGCAUGGCCAGCAUAGCGCGGCCCCGGCCAGGGGGUGGCAUGAUGCAACAACGACAGCCGUCGCCGCACCGGGUGGCCACGGAACCUAUCACGUCCCAGGAGCUUCAAAGAGGUAAGAAGGCCAUGUCAACUGUCAACUUUGGACCAGCGCACCAGCGAGAGAGAUCUGGUUCUGGCGGAGGAAGUCCGAGACCGGGAGGGAUGCCGGGCUCGCCGGGCUCUUACACGUGGAGCUCGAAGAACGUGCCCUUCCUUGUUCCGGACUACUCUCCCAACGGGACACCUGCUCCUCCCCCGGCGUCGCGGAUGCCGGAUGGUGGUAGGAGUAGUGGUAAUGGAUGCCUGGACCAGAAUCACAACCACCAAGCUCAAAAUGGAACAAUUGCUAAGAUGCGUAAUGUAGCGCGCGCCCCGUCGCCCGGGAACGUUAGCCCAAGCUCCCGACGGCGGCCGAGCGAUUCCUUCAGCAACCAGGCGGCUGUAGCCAAGAAACGAAAAUCACACGGCCCGGAUACCGAUUUCACGGACAACGAUGUUACCUUCUCGGCGAGCUCGACGCGGGCGAGUAAGAAGGUGGACGACUCGGACUCGGAUGAUGAUUCGGAUGAUGGGCUGUUUGCCAUUCCCAUCGCGGCGAGGAACUCCGGUCCGGACAAGGGUAAGACGACAGCGCCAGCCGAAGGGAACAGCGGCGAUUCGGAUGGUGCUUCCGGCACCGGCACCGGGAAACGGCCGAGUUUGAGGCUGAACACGAGGUCGGGGAGCAACAGCCGGGCGAAGAAGACGCUUUCGGUGGCGUUUGCCGCCUCACCGCAGUCGAGCAGUGCGGGGGGGAAGACGCCGUUGGAGGAUGAUGAUAGCGGGAGGUCGUCUUCGCAGAGGAGGGGGACGCCGGGGACGCCGCAGAGUGAAGGGGGGUGGGACUCGGAGGAGAAGGACAGCAAGAUUAGCAGGAGGAAGUCGUUCAUCGAGAAGGACGUGUGGGCCAAUCGUCCUCCGACGGACGCGCUGGUUAACAACCUGGAGGAUUUUUUUCCCGACCUGGAUGUUGACCAGCCGGUGCUGGAGGAGGGGCUGGAUCAGGAGCCGCCGUCGCCCAUUGCGGAAGGGGAUGAGAACAAUCAGGGGAGCGCUUCGGUGCCGCCGUUGCCGCCGCUGCCGCCAGGGUUGUCGACUGGGAAGUUGCACACUUUUUACAAUGACAACGACACCUUGGGAUCGGAUGAGUCGACGCUCAAGGCGCUUGAGUCGAGGCCUGUGUCGAUGCAGUCGCUCGCGCAUAGGAGCAUCAGGCGGUCGGGAGGGGGCGGCGGGUUGGGGAGGAUGAAGUCUAUCCGUGAGGUGGCCAGGGGGGCGAACGAGUUUGGCAAACGGUACACCCAGGGCCCUGGCCAAAUCGACGCUCAGAGCUCCGCCGCCGCGGCGGGGAAUAGAAACACCAACCUGAUGAGGAGGAAGAGCACAAAAAUGUUCAACGCCAACAUCGUCCAGAUCCAACCCGACAGGGGGUCUCUCAACCUCGCCAUGGGAGGGCUGACCACCAUCCCCCAAGACAGCCUCCCGACCCGGUCCACCAACAGCAGGGAGAGCAUCCCCAAACGCCAGACCACCUUCCGCUGGUUCAAAGGUCAGCUCAUCGGCAAGGGAACCUUUGGCAGAGUUUACUUGGGCAUGAACGCCACGACGGGCGAGUUCCUCGCCGUCAAGGAAGUAGAAGUCAACCCCAAGGCCGCCCAGGGCGACAAGAAGAAGAUGCAGGAGCUGGUCGCCGCGCUGGACCAGGAGAUCGACACGAUGCAGCAUUUGGAUCACGUCAACAUUGUGCAGUACCUCGGCUGCGAGAGGAAAGAGACGUCGAUCUCCAUCUUUUUGGAGUACAUCUCCGGCGGCAGCAUCGGCUCCUGCCUGCGCAAGCAUGGGAAGUUCGAAGAACCCGUCGUUGCGUCUCUGACUCGGCAGACGCUGUCUGGGCUGGCGUACCUCCACAGAGAAGGCAUCCUCCACCGCGACUUAAAGGCUGAUAACAUCCUUCUCGACCUGGACGGGACGUGCAAGAUUUCGGACUUUGGGAUUUCGAAAAAGACGGAUAAUAUCUACGGCAACGACAAGACGAAUUCAAUGCAGGGGAGCGUGUUUUGGAUGGCGCCCGAGGUUAUCAGGAGCCAGGGGGAGGGGUACAGCGCCAAAGUUGAUAUUUGGAGCUUGGGGUGCGUGGUGCUGGAGAUGUUUGCGGGGAGAAGGCCGUGGAGCAAGGAGGAGGCGGUGGGGGCGAUUUACAAGAUUGCCAACGGGGAGACGCCGCCUAUUCCGGAGGAUAUCAGGGAGGUGAUUAGCCCGGUGGCGAUUGCGUUCAUGUUGGAUUGUUUUACUGUGGUCUCGAGCGAACGUCCGACGGCUGAUGUUUUGCUCAGCCAGCAUCCAUUCUGCGAGUUGGACCCAACGUAUAGCUUUUUGGAUACGGAGCUGUAUGCCAAGAUUGCGGGGAGGGUUAAUGAUUUGGGGAGGGGGCAGUAAUGAAGGCAAGGGGAGGUAAUGGAUAAAGGGAGAGUCUUUGGUUUUGGGAGGGAGACGAGCAAGCGUUUGAGCGUUUGUUACACACACAUAGAUAUAUACACACACAUACAUACAGGCAUGAUAUGUACAAGAGGAGGGGAGGGGCAAGCAUAAGAUAGCUUUGUUGUUAUAUAACUUUUUAAGUAGGAAGAAAUGGAAGGUUUGUUGGAGGGGAUAUCACGAUGUAUUGGUAAAGUUCAGAAACCAAGAGAGCGUCUUUCUAUUUCAAGCAGUUCUCUGACUUGCUUGACAACAUCAUGAUAAAAAUCAACAAUCCAAAAAAAAUAAAGGAAAGAAAAAACCAUCAA